AAAUAGACUGAAAAAUAUUAAAAAGGUAUCAGAAGUCACUACAACUUCUAAGCUUAGUAGAAAUAGCAAAAAUGAAUUUUCCAACAAUUUCUUCAGGAAUUCUAUUAACACUUUGUGUUCUCCUUCAACAUGGAGCUGAAACUAACGGUGUAGCAGUGGCAUGUAAGGAUAAUAACUGCCAACAUAGAGGAUCCCACGAUCUCGGAACUGGAGCCAUUAACGCAGGAAGUGGUUACGCAGGUGCUUCGGCUGGUGCUUCGGCUGGUGUCUCCACUGGUGGUUAUCAAGUUUCUCCAUCAGCUGGUUACCAAGGAGGUACUACUUAUCCAAGUAGUUCCACAGUAGUUCAACAAACUACUACCUCUACUGCAGCAAGCGGAGCAUCUGCAGGUGGAACUGCAGUAGGUGCUACCGCAGGUGCAGCAGUAAGCGCUUCUACAUCAGGCGCUUCUUUAGGUGGUGCCUCUUUAGGUUCUUACGGUGGUUAUCCUAGUGCUCAACCAAGUGGUUCAUCCUAUGGCACCUAUCCAACUGGCUAUCCAUCUGGUUCUUACCAAAAUGUUGGAUAUCCAGGUUCUUACAUGGUUCCAACAUACGAAAGCGGCCCUUACACAGGAGGCCAUUCUUUGGGAGGUUAUGGUGGUGGUUUGGGAUCAGGAUUAGCUCCACAUAAACCACACUCAUCAGGUGGAUUCGGUUCAGGACUUUUCCCUGACUUUGGACCCGAUAGCAAUGCCGAUGUGUUUGGAGACGGAAAUACGAUUAAGAAGUUGUUGGAUUUUUUCGCCGAUAUCCAAAUUCCAAUUAAUAUUUUAUCAAGAAAAUAAAUAAGUACCGAUGAAAUAUCAUGAUCAAACGAAACAGCAACUAUUGUGCAGCAAAAUUAAAAAUAAAAUUUAACAAAUGUUAUGUGAUUUAAAAUA